AUGCUAGACCAUGGCCAAUACAUGUGCAUCUCAGAGAUCGGUCCCUCGAAGCCAAGUACUCGGGCACUGCGUUUGCCGGUCAGCCCCCAUAAUACCCAGGACGAUGACCCUACCUUUUAUCAGAUAGGGUGCAUGGCAACAUGCAAGGCUCUUGCAGGUGGAGAGUUACUAAACCGGACACAAUGGUGA